GACCAGGUGAGUGGAGAGAGAACAGCCCACCAAACCUGCUAAACACACUCAGUUUGAUCUCAGUCACUUAGCUAAGCAACCCACUCACACCGUGCCAAAGAAAUGACACAAACACUGUGACCAUUUCACUUUCAAACAGUUUCUCGAUCGCACAAGUGACGGCUCGCAGUGACCUAACCUAGUGAUUUUUCCGUUGUGGUGAUCCCAAAAAAUGCACACGAUGCUAGUGAAAGUGCUACUGUUUUUCGCGUUCUUGGCGAUAUCUUCGGCGAAAGUGAGCCCCAAAGUGAAGUGCACCCCCGAAACCAUGAGGAUAGAGAUUCCCAUUUCCCCAUCCACCAAGAACGUUUACCUGGAAAGCUUGCGCGACUACCCCGACCCAGCGUGCAGGCCCCACACGGCGGGUCCCUCGGGAACUCUGGCUGUCUUGGAACUCGACCUCAGGGAUGUUUAUCGAUGCGCUGUCACCAGAGUCGUCAACAAACAGACGGGCAAGCAGAUUUAUUACCAAACAUUAGUAAUAGAAAACGAAGAAAAUGUGGAGGGAUUGCCCACACCCAAGUUAAUUCGGGAAACUCUGCACGUUAAGUGUUCGAUGCUAUCCUUAAGGAACCACACCAUCAGCAAGAGGGACGUGCUGCCAGCGGGAUUCCAGGAGGCCGAAGAUGCGGAUCUCCAGUUUAUGAAUAUCUCAGAAUAUCGUGCUCCAGAACCCAUUCUGGGAGUCGGAGUAAGACAAGCCGGGAAAUUGGUUACCGGAGAAUUGAACGUAUCGCCCGGAACUCCGCUCCAGAUGGAGAUUUUCCUCGACAAAGCGUCAGCUCCCAUUUAUGGGCUCUUGGUGACACAUAUGCAAGUCACCGAUACGAAUUCGCAAGAAGAGACGAUCAUCUAUAAUGGGUGUUCGGUCGAUCCCUAUUUAUUCGAAAACUUCAACACGGUGGACGGAGAUUUCCUGGCCGCCAAAUUCCGGGCCUUCAAGUUCCCGGAGUCGACGUACGUCCAGUUCAAAGGGACGGUGAACGUGUGUCUGGACAAGUGCAAAGGGGUGGAAUGUAGUGACGGACAAAUCGGAUACGGCAGAAGACGUCGAGCCAUCGCUUCCAACCCCAACAGCCCCAACGGCUUAUUCGAAAUAACCAUCACAUCUUUCAUAAAAGUGGGUUAUGAAGACGGCGCCGGAAACUUGGAAGAAAUCGUCGAGAACCAGACGAGGAUAUACAACAACAAGAAGCUGAUCGUGGGCAAUCAAAUGACAGACCGGAGGGUGUACAAGACCGUGGACGACAACAACCUAAAAAGCCUAGAAAGCAAGGAGGAGCGCUCCUACACUUCCAUCGUCGCCGAGAGCUCGUCUUCGGGCCGCAAUUUCGACCUAACCAUAAUUUCGCUUUUAGCUUUAUUCAGAUUGUUCUUGUAAAUAAGACGCGAAGUGCAGAGACGGAUUAUUGGAAUUUGCGAGUAUGUAAAUAUGUCUGUGAUAAAAUAUUCAUCUUAGAUCAUCAUCUGCACAGUGAACUGUUUGCGAAAGCGGCGCUUGAUUAAAGAGGGCGCUGGGAAGUGAUGACGUCGAGAUUAUUUUUGUAUUUCUGGCCUUGGAGUGGAAGAGUGGAACUUAGUCACCAUAUAUUUAACAUAAUUGGACGAAAAUGCUUUUGGAAUCUCGACGAUACUUCUCGACGUUAUCUCUUUCUUCUUACUGUAAAUUGCAAUACUAAUGUAAUUUAAUUACUGCCAGCUUAAUUAAAUUAACACGACGGCCAUUAAUUUUAGUAAUAAAUGUCUUCAGAAUCGGAAUGAACGAUUAAAAAUAAAAGCGGCGAAUUUUGCAUGUAAUUAGUUCUGCAGAGAGGAAUUUAUUACGUGCAAAUCCUGCGACAUUUUAACGAGCCAGCUUCUAAAGAUAUUGACUCUUAAUUGUAAUAAUACUUAAUUUUAAAUUAAUAUUAAUUAUUUAACUAGUCUGUAUUUUGAAUAAAUUCCGUAAUUUUACU